GUCAUCGGAUGUUUGAUCUGCAGGAACGUGAUAUUUCCAUUUAUUGAUCGCGUCGCCCUCGUCUUUAUGCUGUCACCUGUGGAGAUCGGCAAAAUGCGCAACUUGGUUCAAUGGAUGUCUUGAAGUUUGGCGCUAUGUCUAGACGUUUACGGGCCAUCUAUCUGCGUCUCAUUUUUGCACAUGGCUGAACCAAAAACCUUCUCGCACAUACUCUCGAAGAAGGUCGAUGUGAAUCGAUUGAAUACGUUCGUCUGGUCCACUUCUAUACCUCGGAUGGCAGUUGCUCUAAAUCUGCAUCGUCGCUCACAUGUCACCUCACGUACUCUCUAUCGUUGGCUCCCGCUGAUCGCUGAGUAUUGCGUGUGGAACCACGACUAUCGACUCUAUCCGGUAGAGGUUAGGCCUCAUGAAGACUUUCUCCGGUACGAAGUCAAAAUCAAUGGAGAUGAGAUACCUCCGGAAUCCGAUUAUCUAAUUAGUCCUGGUGACUAUGGCAUCUUCAAACCCGGAAAAACACCUGUCGACCCCCCAAUUGAUACACGGUCUGUUCCAUCAUUCCUGUACAUCGUGAAUGAUGUACUUCGCCGCAAAUAUGCUACUGUUGAUGACAUACUCUACAAUGGCUUCGAGAAGGGCGUACGCGCUCGCGAUCCACGAUGCAUCAUUACAGGAAAAACAGAUGGAGAUCUGGAGGCGACGUGGAUUGUGCCUCCUCUCGAGUUUCUUUUCAUCUAUCGAGAAGACCGCGACGACUCGCUGAAUCUGGAAUUUCCUCUCAUGCCAGGCCCCAACGGUAUGCUCGAUAUCAAGCCACUUCAGUCGGUCCGGAACGGUCUACUCAUGCAUCCGGAGCUUGCAAGACUCUUCGAAGACAACUCAUUCUCGAUCGAUAUCGAUGACAACUACCGUAUCGUCUUUUUCAAAGAUCCCUCUGACCUCCUGCCAACCGAGCUUCUGGACUUGAUCCCCACCCACUGCUACAUCGCCAACGGCACUGAUGGCCAUCUUCCAAGUACGUAUCUGCUGCGGAAGCAUUUUAUUAUGUCUCUCCGCGUCAACUGCUGUGGGGCAGAUCUUCGGUGUGAACUCACUUUGUACGAUUUGCGCGAGUUUUUCGACUGGCUGGAUGAGAGAGGGUACCAGUCUGAUGCGAUCGACCCACACUGGGAGUCGAAUGUGGGCGCGUAUUGGGUCGCUUGGCAGAGCAUGUGUAAACGUCUGCAGAUGAUUGAUGGCACUUCAGUACCUCAGGAAGCUUAGGAAGGCUGCCUCACCGUUACCCAUCCUCAAUAGUCUGUUGUCCUGACCCAUCCCCAUCGAGUUAGUAUUGUAGCCAUCUAAUAAGACCGUGACCCUUCAACAUUUCCACUCAAGAUCUCCAUGAAUACAUAGCACUGCUAGCGUACUGUUGACAUGUGAUGUUAUUACCAGGCUGUCUUAUCUUUCGUCCCCGUCGAUCUCAAUAGGAUGUGCUCUC